UUCUUCCUCCUCCUGGACGUUUUUACGUAAACGGAUCUAUCUAGCUAUGACCGAAGCUACCCGUGAGGUAGUGGUCCCCAAAACAUGUCUCCUAUCCCCUGGGUUAACAUGCUGAAUAUGACCGGGGACGGGAAUCUCCCUGCCGCCUGAACCAGCGGUUUACUUUACUGCAGCGAGUCAACUAGAGCGUUAAAACAAACCGAGGUAACAGGCGGGCUCUUUAUUUAUUCAAGAGAACAUGGCGGAGUUUUCGCCCGUCCUGUCGAUGCGGGAUGGAGGAGGACGAUUUGGCCAACCCAUCUUCCCUCGGUCCAGGUCCGGUUCCGAGUCAGAGAGCGAACUGUCCCAGAGCCUGGCCCGGACCAAGAUCCGCUCGUACGGAAGCACAGCUAGCGUCACGGCUUCUCUGGGAGAGAAAUACAUAGAGCAUCGGGUUACAGACAGUGAUACCCUGCAAGGGAUUGCUCUCAAAUAUGGUGUUACGAUGGAGCAAAUCAAGAGAGCCAACAAGCUGUUCAGCAAUGACUGCAUUUUUCUGAAGAAUAGCCUCAACAUCCCUGUGGUGUCGGAGAAGCGCUACAUAUUUAACGGACUGUCUCUGGAGUCUCCUGAUGGGGACAGUGAAGCAGCAUGCCAGGAGGCAGAUACACCUUGUGUUAUGUUGCAGGAUAUCGAGGGACCCUCGCCAGCCCCAUCCCCGCCCCCAGAGGAGCUGUCAGCCAAAGACUUCUUACACAGACUGGACUUGCAAAUUAAACAAUCAAAACAGGCAGCACGCAGGCUGAAAGAAGAGGAAUUAAGGAACAAUGAGGAGGACUACACAACCCCAACAACGUCAUAUCAGGAGAUAUAAAGGACCAGUCCGUUUACUACGCACGCACACACACACACAACCACAACCCCAUCGCUUUUUUGUCUCUUUACCUUUUUGCUUUUACCAAACCAUGUUGAAGAAAAGUGCGUUUGCCUUUUUAUUUAAUGAAAUGUUUGCCUUUUUAUUUAUUGAUAUGCAAUUAUUAAGAUGUAUAUGAUUGUUUUCGUUUUGUUCUACUUGGAGGCUUGACAGCGCAGAGGCGCAUCUGAUAUACUGUACAUAGCAUCUGAGCACACAUGCUCAACUCAUCCUAUGCUUCUGAAGCUGCUGUACAGAACCCACAUGCUACACACACACACACACACACACACACACACAUACACACACAGCGCUAAGCAGUUCCAGAAGGAUAAGCUUGUUAGACUUGCUAACUGCUUCUGAUGUGCUUAAUCGCCACCUAGAAUAGUAUCAUUGGGAAGUAUAUUCAGGCCUUCCUCAUCAGUGUUUACCUUGUUUCAGCACACCCCAAACAGAAGUGGUGGAUGGACUCAAACCUUUGAACAAGUUCCAUUUGCCUCAUAGAUGCCUUUUCUUCGGGGGAAAAAGAAGGGACUGCUCUAUUUUUGAAGUGUGAAUGCAUUAUUUAUGUGUGUGGAGAACUGUCUGUAACAGUUGUGUUAUGUGCUUUUAAAUUCUAUUUGUUUUAUUUGAAGAGAAUAAAUAUGUCAUUAAACCAGA